UUUGCCGAUAACAAGCUGUCAUCGUCUCUAAAUGCCGAAUCGCUUUUAUCUCCGAGCCGGCGGGGUAUCAAGCGCUAGGAACAGCCAUUUCGAGGGCGUCUUCUCUUUUAUUUAAAGGUCUCUCAGUACGAGGCUUUAUGUAGAGAGGCAUGCACUCUUAAGGAACCAUCUUGUUCACAGAGAUACUCGAUACUGUGGCAGAAUGGCGGAAUUCGAAGCUUCUAAGUUGUUCUCCGUGAAGGGAUUGGUGGCUGUCGUCACCGGAGGAGGAAGUGGUCUCGGGGCUGUAAUGGCACGCGCUCUUGAUGCCAAUGGCGCUUCCAAGGUGUUUAUUCUCGGCCGCCGUGAGCAGAACUUGAAGGAUGUCGCCGCGCAAGCGAUCAACAAAUCUAUCAUCCCUAUCACGGCAGACGUGACUUCCAAGGAGUCCCUCCAAGCAGCUUACGAUACCAUCGCAAAGCAGACCGAUUAUGUCGAUCUUCUUGUCGCCAAUAGCGGUAUUAUGGGUCCCAGCAUUAGCCCUGGUCAACCAGGGACACCUGCUGGUACACAAACCUUGUCCGAACUUCGUGAUCAUCUUUGGGCAACACCGAUAGAAGAUUUCUCCAGCGUAUUCAACGUCAAUAUCAGCGGCACCUUCUACACUGUUCUCGCUUUCAUUCCUCUCCUGCAAGCCGCACUCGAGAAGAGACCAGCUCCCGUACCUGGAAAGCUGUCCCCACCUAAGCCGCAGGUCAUCAUCACCAGCUCCAUCGGCGGCUUCUCUCGCAUCGCUGCGUUCUCACCCGCGUAUAGUAUGUCGAAAGCUGCGACCAAUCAUAUGGUCAAAUCUCUAUCCACAAUGCUGGUCAAACAUGACAUCCGCGUGAACGGUAUCGCGCCUGGUCUGUAUUACUCUGACAUGGCGGCCCCAGCAUUCCAAGCGUACAAUGCUGUUGGUGGUGGUGUUUCGGACGGAUCGAUCCCUCGCGAGUUUGUUCCAAUCGCAAGAGGAGGCGCUUCAGAGGAUAUUGCUGGUAUCAUCGUGUGGAUGGCUGGUGCUGCUGGUGGUUACAUGAGUGGCAAUAUUGUUGUUAGUGACGGAGGCAGAUUGAGCAUGGUGCCGUCGUCGUAUUAAAUGACGAAAUGGAAAGCAAUUCAUACUCUUCUAUUGCAUGUAUAAAGACGCCGACAUACGAUAUAGGAUCUAGAUUCUAAUGGGAGAUGAAACUUUCAACGGUUUGAU